AUGGCUCCCAACCUCUUCAUCUGCCUGCGCACCCUCUGCUGCCCAACCUACUGGUUCCAGAAGGGCGAACGCAUCGACGGCAAUGUGAACCGUCAACAGCACUGGGAUAGCCCCGUCCCAGGAACCUACAAGUUCUUGCCAGGUCGGGGCUGGCAUCUUAUCCGACGUGAUGGAUACGAUGAAGACGAGAAAGUCCCUGCUGCUCUGGUUUACUGCCGCAUCCUUCACCGUUACCUGUUUGAAUCCGAGCUGAAUGAUCGCUGCCGCUGGUUUUCGGCUCCGCUGCACAAGGGUAGUCCUCCCGAGCAGCUUCGUUUCUUCCUACUUGACGACGGCGUCCACUGGGUCGCUGGCUGGGAUGCCAAAGGUCGGUUCAUUCCUGGACCUUAUCCCAAGUGGUACCUUGAUGACGAUGGAGAAACCAUGCGCCGUGGCGCCUCUCCUCCCACGAGUGCCAACGUGUCACGGUGCAGCAGUGUCAUCGCUGGCAAGUUCGAUUGA